AUUUUAUUCAUUAAAGAUAUAAACGAUAUUAACUACUCUAAUUUUUAACGUGAGAGUUCGAUUUCAAAAAUUUACUUUGCAAAUAAUAUAAUAGAUAGAUAGAUAUACAUUUGGUAAAUAUAUUUGCUGCUGAAUGGUGAUCGCGCGUGGAGAUUAAGUUGACACGUAAUCUGGAAAGUUGUUAAGAUGUUUAAUUUUUUAAUUUUUAAAAAUUGAUUAGUAAGUAUAUAAAGGAUUCUUGGAUUCUCCCAGGUAAACCUAAACCCAAAAUAUUUUGUUCAUAUACGUCUUCCUAUAGGUGAGUAGCUUCUUUACGAUCUUCUGCUUUGUGGUCAGGUUAAAUCCUCUUUUGCUAUUUUUUAUCCAUUUAUUCUAACUUCGAUUUAUGUAUAUGUUCUUUGUCGUGAGUUUUGAUUGUCUUUGUGGACUUAAGCUUAAGUCAAAUAAUAUGUUGAUUUGGCAUAUAUUUCUUUUUGUUUUUUUCCGUUCACUUUAUAGUCAUUUCAAAAUUUUGCUUUCGUUGCAUUGAGUGGAACUGACAUUGUCUGGUCAGUGUUCUCUAAAAUCACUCUGAAAAACGAAGUAGCCAAAAAACGUGAAAUCUCUUGGAUGUUAACUGCGAGGAUGAAUUUCAAAAGUGGAAAAAAUAUUUAGUUAAGUGAUUAUGAUAUAAAGUAGUGGUUUUGGAAGAUUAGUAGUUUGCUAAUGUCUUUUCAUAGGCAGAGUAGUGAGUUUUUAUUUAAGUGACAUGUUUUUGUGGGAAAGCGUUGUUUUGUAGAAAAAAUGGAGGAUCGAAAGCAGACAAGCUUCACGUUUGAGAUAGAUAACUUCUGGGACAAGGAAGCUUUGAUACGUUCACCAAAUUUCUUUAGUGGAGGCUGCGAAUGGUUUGUUGAUGUUUAUCCCAGAGGAUGCGGUAUUGAAGAUCACUUGUCUACGUUCCUCUGUGUUGCAAAUCCUGAAUCAUUGCUACUUGGAUGGAAAAGAAGAGCUAUUCUUUCAUUAGUUCUAUUAAACGUAUCCGGCAAAAGACUCUACAGAUUAUAUAGAGAUGGACCACCGUGCAAAACUUUCUGCGCUCAGAUUCCAGCAUGGGGUUGGGCAGAUGCCAUGCCUCUUGAAAUGCUUCAGGAAAAUGGUUUUACGGAGAAGAACAAACUGAUAGUCCAAGUCAACGUACAAGUAGUUGAAGUUGUUGAUGAAGCAGAAGUUACUGGGAAGGAGACAUUAGAUGUGAAUGGUUUCCAAGUUCUUUAUAGUGAGGUUGGUCAAGUGACUGCUAUGUUCGCGAAGCACCCUGACGUUGCCUUAAAUUUCAUACCAAAGAGCCAAUUGGUGAAGACAGUAUACAUGAAACUCCUCAUGUUUCUCAUUGAGAAACUGAACAAGCCUCCACGUAGCUUCAGCAAUAAUGCAUUAAGCAACGCUCGCAUGGAGUUGAUAGAUCUAACAAAAGCAGGGUUCAAGCUAGACUGGUUGAAGGAAAAGCUUGAUGAGAUUUCCUUGGAGCGGAAGAAAGAAAAUGGUGAUGGUUCCUUGAGUUCUUAUGGUUUUCGAGUCCAAGAACUCGAGGAACAAGUCCAAGAACUCGAGGAACAAGUUAAGAAUCUCAACCUUGAACUGGACACAGAAAAGGUCAAGUCUGCUAAAGUUUUGUCGCUGGAACAGACGGUGUCGGAUCUCAGAGAUGAGCUGAGCAAGGAAAAAACCAGAUCUACUACUACUACUAAAGACGUGCUUGAGGGAGUUAUUCGCUCUUGGGAAGUAUUGGAUUACCCGGAUCUCAGUAAUGAAGAGGUAGAAUAAGGGAUGACAUUUUAUUACUGUUUUCCUGUUUUCUUCUAGAAAUUAAAAAGUUCUGAGUUUAUGGUCUUAAACUUUAAAUAUAUUCAAAUUCUAUUUUAAAUACUAUCACUAUUUGAUUAUUGACUUGAGUGACGUGACCAAAACAAAUGAAAAUAGAAAAUGAGACUUCUCUGAUGAAUCGAUGGCGCAAUAGCUGUUGAAAAGGGAAAAGAAAAAUCCAGAAUUUGGGAUGCAAAUUCAUUUACAUCCAGAUUCAAUUAUCUCAAUAUAAUUUUUAUUUUCGAUUAAUUUAUGGGUAUCACAAACCUAUAGAAAGGCUCAGAGUAAACCUUCAAGGAAGUGCAAUCCAUAGAUAGACAUUUUUGCCGAAUAUGCAAAUGAGUGCAAAAAUAUAGACAGAGCCGGUCCUAGAGUUUAGGUGGCUAGAAGCAAAAACCAAAAAAUUGGUCGCUUGUUAGAAUCGAACCCGGGUUUACAUUUUAACUAGACCUAGAACUUAAUGUUUUACCACUAGACUAAUGCAGUUUUUUGAAAAAAUGUGGCCGAAUUCUGAUCAUAAAUAUUUCGGCUGGAAGCAGUUGUUUCUUUUGCUUGGUCCAAGGGCCGGCCCUGAAUAUAGAUCCAUGUCCGUAUAGAUGUUUAGAAAAAUGUGACCAAGUUUUGCGCAAUAAGUGAAUCAAGUUACUCAAACGUGUUAGCAUCCCAGAUCCGGCUCUUUACCAUCCACCACACGGUCUCAGGCUGAAUAUAAAUGUUUAGGAAAAAGCCAACAUCAUACGGACUUUUGCAGCCAUAUACGUCAGACAUCUUAUGAAAUGAACAAGACCUAAGUUAAACUGCUAUAACAUCUCAGAAAAUUAAAUACAUCAUUAUAUCAAUGUUACUCCCUUUCAAUUAUAAAAGUCUUAAUGUUACGCUCUCUGUUUUAAUAUAAGUGGCGUUGAAGAUUUUUUACUCACUAAUUAUAAAAAUAUAAAAUUUUAUACAAUUAUUUUAGUUACAUAAAAGUAUCAUUAAAUAAAGAUAGUUCAACUAGUAAAAAACGAUAUAAUAUUUUGUAGUUGGUCACAAAUUUCAAAUAACAUUAAAUUUUAUCUAGAUAGUGAGAAUAUUAUUUAUUUUGUAACAAAAUAUUUUUUUAAACACUACUUAGGACAUCCGCAGUGGUCCAAUUAAGUAAGAAUAGUUCAACAGAAAAAUUAAUAUAAAAUCUAAAAGUAAGAAAAAGAAAUACGAAAAGAGGAAUAACACCUCUUUGUGGAGAGACUUUCACCAGAUUUAUCUAUAUGUGUCAUUUUUUAGAUAACACAACAAUUUUUAAAUCAUUAAAUUUUAUUCAUUUAUUGACAUAUUAAUAUAUUUAUGUUGAGGGACUGUUAAAAAACUUAACGCUGCUGCAGAUGUUCUUAUAAUAAAAGAGAGAGAGAGAGGGUAUCAAAUUAAGUUUUUGUGUCAAACCUAACACUAUAUAUAACAUUUUUAGUUGAGAAUAAAGAUAAAUACUACAUUCCUUUUAUGAAUAACAAAACUUGAAGUCUGACAAAUAAAAAAUAGAGAAAAGCGUAUGUUGAUAUGAUCAUUAUAAUUCGCUAAUCAUAAGCUUGAAAAUUAUCCAAAUCAGUUAUAGUUGAUGAUUAACAGCUUUAGUAGGUAACAUAACAAUUUGAUACCAGUAUCAAUGUUUGCAUGAAGUGAUGGGGCCUUUUCUUCUCCUCAUUAGAGCCCUUGCCUCUGCUUUAAUAUUAAUUGUGGUCCUCUUUGAAAACAUUUGAGGUGGGCCUUCUAUCUAAUUGGUAGUACCAAGCUCUUGGAAGAACAACAUUUGUAGAUUUCAUUAGGAAAAAUGAUCAUUUAUCUACAUAUGGAGUUCUUGCCAUGUAAUUUGAUCAUACACCUUUUAGCUCCAUUAAUUCAGAUUUAGUUUAGUAUAGCUUCAUUCGGAUAUUAUAAAAAUUUGGUUCAGUUUUGGCUCGAACUUACUCAAUUUCAGUUCAGGUUUAGUAAAUCAUGUGUAAAUGAGUUGCACCCAAAACAAAAUUAGGUUCUGUUCUAAAGUGGAUUUAAGGAACCAGGAAAACUCGUUUCUAUUCUUAAUAUACUUAACUUGAAUGGUGACUUUAUGAUUUUAUCGAUGACUGAAAAUCAUUAAGCUAAAAUAAGAACUUGGUCGUAGAAAAAAUCAUGCAAACCAAUAUAACUAUUAAUGAUAUUCAUAUAUUAAAACACUAUGCUACUAAUAAAAAUGAACAAAACUCAUACACAAUGACAACAAUACUCUUAACCUUAACUCAUAUACAUAAACACUAUGCUAAUAACAAAGAAGAACAAAUCUGAGUAUAGAGAAUAAUAAGCUAACCACAAAUCAUAUACUAACACGAAUAUGAACCCAAGUAAUGAGAAUAAGCUAACAACAAAUCAUAUAAAAAUGUUAGAAUAAACUUGCAAACUUUGUGAACAACAAAGAAUAUACACAUAACAAAGCAUAUAUAUGAGACCAAAGUUCAAAAUCAUUGUCUAACAAAUCGAACUUGAUAAACCCAAACCAAAAAAACCAUCAAUCUUUUCAUGAUAUUGUGUACAUAUAUAAUGAGUACAAAGAAGAAUUACAAGUAGAUGGUAUGAAUCGUUGAAGUUUCUGAAAGAGAAAACCAUUGAAAUCAG